AUGAUCCACAUUCAGAGGGAAGCUAACUGGAAGAACAUCAUGAGGCCUACUGGUCUAAGUCCAGCGGUUGCACAGCUGGACCAGUGUGGCCUUGUUAACAAUGAGGAAAAGUACCUGUCUUCUUUAAACCAAGCUGUUCACAUGGAAGCGCUGAAGAUGUGUAGCUUGUCUGAGUCGCCUGUGUCGAUAACAACAGAUGAUUUCGAUUUGGUCUGUUCCACAGAAAGAACCAUUGUGUCAUAUAUCAGCAGCGUAAAGAAUGACGCAUCGGUUGUAGAUAACCUAUCGCACGUUAGCGACACAUUAUCCCCUUCCUUAUUCUGCUCUUCCCUGUCCACGUCAUCUUUCAGUGGCUUCUCUCCAUCCUUCUCCUCCCCUUCCUCCAGCCACUCAUCUGGCUCAAUAUCAGAGCUGUGUUUGACUUCUCCAUCUCUUUCAACUCUCUGCGGUCCACCUGAGGCCCAGGGCCUUCUCUACAGUUGCACACCUCCAGAAGGAUGUUUGUAUCCCAAGUCUCCUAAACGAGAACCUGUUGCUGAAUUCCAUCUUUGUAACAAGAAGCUUCUGCACAAGGAAGAACUCUUUCAGUAUCUCUGCACUGACACAGGCGCAGCCAAAGAACAAACCCAGCAUCUUAACCUUCACAAUACUCGGACAGAAGUAUCAGAAAAGCUUCCUACACUGCAGCAGUUGAAGAAUGAUCUGGGACUGAGCGGGUUUCCUGCAGCUGAGGGAAUGAAUGAACACCUGA